AUGACGCACAUCGUGGCCCCUAAACUUAUUGACCCUCGUGAAAUCACAACAGAGGCGUCUGUGUUUCAAACACGCAGUGAGCAAGAGCUCAAAAUAUAUCGCUCAGGACCACCGGAUCCAAAAGUGAAGGGCCCCGAUGAUAAUGAUGCACCUGAAGCCGAGGAAAAGAGUGAUGCACCGGCUGCUGCUGCCCGACCAGAGCGUCGUAGGCGUCGUGAUGCGUCGUCUCCAGGUGCUGACGACACAGACAGUGCAGCAAGGAGGGACCAGCAAGGCCAGCCUCACAGACGUGCAAGGGAUCGUGCAGCAGGAGACGCAGACGAACCUGACGAUGGCGAGGAACCCUCAGAGUCAGAAUUGAGAGAAGCAACUGGCAGAAGCAGGCGCAGCAGGGAGGAAGGGCAGCGUUCACGUAGGAGAGAUAGAGAUGAGGGGCAGCGUUCACGUAGGGAAGAUAGAGAUGGAAGCACGGAGGACGCUUCAGACGAUGACGACGAACCCGAAGACGCCCAGCCCGCAGAAGGAAGGCGGUCAAGGACCUCUACAGCAGGCGGUUCGCCCAGACGUCCAAAGGAGCGAGAAGAGGACGAGGACAAUGAAGACGAGUCCGAGAAUGCAGAAAGCGAAGAGGCAGAAAGGAAUGCCGAAAGGAGAAAGAGACCCGGCUCCUCAGCUAUGGGCAGAGAGAACGACCACGACCUUGCUCAUGUAGAAGACGAAGAAAGCCUAGACGAAGCUUCUUCUAGCAGAGAACAAGAUAUCGGCAGGCGGCGACGAGGUCGAUCCCCCCGCACGCCAACAGACGAGCAAACGGAAGCUUCAACAGUUGAGCGGGAACGCGGUGCGGAACCUCAUCGCUCAGGAAGGCAGCAGAGCCGCAAUGCGCGGUCUCCUGCGGCAGAAGAGAGACGGAGAAGCCACGAUGGCGAGGAAGACAACGAGUCUGACGGCGAAGAAGAAGAGCAUGACGCAGAAGGUGAGGACGGCACUGAUGAAACAAGAGAGGAUACUCCACCCGCUGUGCGUACCACAAGGAACAGACAGAGGGUGAGGCAAACACCCAGCAGCUCAAGCUCUCAGGCGCAACUAGCUGAAGAGACGGAUUAUGAGGAAGAUGUGGAGCCUGAGGAUGACGAAGAUGAUGACGCCGCUGAAUCAUCCACUCGGCAGCAGCCAAGAGUAGCUACAACAUCACGAAUGCCUUCCAGGUCAGCCAGCAGCACUCGGACCACCACGACGGCGACUCGCUCACCAGUGGCAACUUACAGGACAGGGCGAACAAGGCAUGCAGCACCCCUAGGAACCUCUGGAGGGCUUUUCCACCGAUCGGAGCAAGGUAGCGGACGGACCAAUAAUGAUAACGACGUUGCAGCAAACGAAGCUCGUAACGAUGCGGAAGAUUCGCCUGAUCCACAGGAAUCCGUUCCAAGAACACUUCCCCUGUUUACCCGCAGUAGUGCAGCAGCGGUCGUAGGAAGCGGUUCGCCCCCAAGUAGUGUUCAACGUAAAAGGAUUCGGGGUGGAUCAUGGCUCAACUCUCCCCCAGCGGAUCCUGAGGCGCAAGGCAACCAUGAACCAAGCACGGCACCAAGCAGCAUCCAGCCACUGCCGGAUAGAUCAAACGCUCGGCCACACGCCCAGCCUAUUCUGCGUCAGGGUAGACUGCCAUCCGGUGGUCUCCAAGAGCCUUCGAUGGAAAGAAGUGGGGCCCUUGCAGGCCAGGACGGCACAUUGAAUGACACAGAGAGUGCGAUCUCCAGAAGGGCACUACUGAACAGCGACUAUAUUCUUCCACGGAGAUUGGGCGCCGCAAGUUACACGACCGCAUCCACCCCUAGCACUACCCUCUCAUCCAGUAGCGUUCCAAGCUCCCGUCGUACUUUCGAAGCAUCCUCUAAAGCACAUCAGGAACUUUCCGGCUCCAUGCAAUCAGUCCAGAAUCUCGAGGCUCGUCCGAGGGCCUUUAACCAUACAGCUGUUGCCCCGACGACUGCCUUGGAUCCACGUGCUGCUCAAACCAAAAGUGUUUCAUCGCUAACAGCUGCUUCGCGCCUUCCCGAUGCACAAAUCACAGAGCAGAAUGGUGCAGUGCCAGAGGAUGAGCGCUCGCACCUUGCUGAAACUAACACGGCUACCAUGAUUGCUGGUAGCGUUGGCCAAGCAGGAGGAGCUGGAAACAAUGCCAUGGACAGCAACCCACCACAUGCAACUACGAAACCGGGGGACGCCUCGCCCAGUACACUAUCAGGUAGACUCAAUGAAAGCACGGAAAUUCGUAGAGAGCAAACAAGGGGUUCGUCUGUGCAAGUCGACCAAUGGAGCAGUGCUGCGAGGACAGAGGCAGUCCAAAGCCGAGACUACACACACCCAAACACGGCCAGGAGCCUGCCCACGACAGAGCCAGGGAUUGAAACGAGAGCUGCUACUCCGAGGCCAACCAACGCGAGACACAGGGAAGGAGAGCUCACUAACGAGAGAAGAACGGUACAAACACAUGACAGCCGAUAUAGUGUGGACACAGACGUCCAGAGUUUGGAUAUGACGGGUACCCAAACAAACCCACCUACUGGUGCACCUUCGAAUAACACAACAUCGCUACCCCCUUCUGACCACCCGCACACCUCCACCACUAGCCGCGUCCUCUCUCAAGACAGCACAGAGAGGCGCGCAGCUGCCGAGCCACCAUUCACAACGACUGCGCAGCCACUGAGGCCCAGGCAACCUGACCAAGGCUCUCCCUCUAGUAGGCCCUCAAGCACACACACCACACUCACUACUCAGCGACCUAGGCGCACAUCUGCCGGGGACGAUGAGGAUGCUGAGGCGGAUGAGGAAGACGAAGAUGGUAGCGAAGGCACACGCACCUCGUCGAGCCGCUCACGUAGGUCGACGCGCAGUGGUGAGGGAUCCUCCUCUACGAGGCCUUCAAGGAGAGACACCACACUCACCACUCAGCGACCUAGGCGCACAUCUGCCGGGGACGAUGAGGAUGCUGAGGCGGAUGAGGAAGACGAAGAUG